GCGAUGGCGGCGGCGGUGCGCGUGGCGGCAGCGCUGCGUGAGGCGGGCGGGCUGCGCUUCGGCGACUUUGUGCUGAAAAGCGGCCAGGCCUCCCCUGUCUACAUCGACCUGCGCUGCCUCGUCUCCCACCCGCUGCUCCUCCGCCAGGUUGCAGAUCUUCUCUUUCAAACAGCCAAAGGUGCUGGGCUCCAGUAUGACUGCGUGUGUGGUGUUCCUUACACAGCGCUGCCAUUGGCCACCAUUAUCUGCUCUGAGAAUCAGAUUCCAAUGCUUAUACGGAGGAAGGAAGGGAAGGACUAUGGUACCAAGCGGCUGGUGGAAGGCACCAUUAAUCCAGGAGAAACAUGCUUGAUCAUUGAAGAUGUGGUAACAAGUGGAUCUAGUGUACUAGAAACUGCGGAAGUUCUUCAGAAAGAAGGAUUAAAAGUCACGGAUGCCGUGGUGCUGUUGGACAGGGAGCAGGGCGGGAAAGCCAGGUUAGAGGAAUGUGGAAUUCGCCUGCACUCGGUGUGCACGUUGUCUGGGGUGUUGGAGAUUCUCCAGCAGCAGGGAGAAGUGGCCGUUGAGAUGGUUGAAAAGGUGAAGAAGUUCAUUGAAGGGAAUGCGUUUGAGCCAGUGGCUCGGAACAGCCACGCUCCUGUGAAGAGACUGUGCAAAGAGCUGAGCUUCAGCGCUCGUGCUGAGCUGCAGGGGAUACACCCUGUUGCGGCCAGGCUUCUCAGGCUCAUGGAAAAGAAGCAAACAAACUUGUGCCUUUCUGCUGAUGUCACAAGCUCCAAAGAGCUGCUGCAGGUAGCUGCCACCCUGGGCCCCAGCAUUUGCAUCCUGAAGACUCAUGUAGACAUCCUGAAAGAUUUUACCCAAGAGGUAGUAAAGAAGUUGAGAAUGCUCGCAGAUGAACAUGAAUUCUUGAUUUUUGAAGACAGGAAAUUUGCAGACAUUGGAAACACAGUGAAACAUCAAUAUGAAGGUGGUGUGUUCAGAAUCGGAUCCUGGGCAGACAUCAUUAAUGCCCACGUGGUUCCAGGCCCUGGGGUGGUGAAAGGCCUGAAGGAAGUAGGUCUUCCUCUCCAGCGCGGCUGUCUCCUGAUUGCCCAGAUGAGUUCCCAAGGGUCACUUGCAACGGGUGAAUACACAAAAGCUGCAGUACAGAUGGCUGAAGACAACUCAGAUUUUGUUUUUGGAUUCAUAUCUGGAUCUAGAGUUAGUAAUAAACCGGAAUUUCUUCACUUAACUCCAGGAGUGCAGCUGCAAGCUGGAGGUGAUAACCUUGGACAGCAGUACCUAAGCCCCAAGGAAGUUAUUAGUGAAAAAGGUUCAGAUAUCAUCAUUGUGGGACGUGGCAUCUUGUCAGCUUCAGACCGUCUUCAAGAAGCAGAGAAGUACAGGAAGGCAGCUUGGGAGAGCUACCUGAGCAGACUUGGUGUUUGUGCAGAAGACUGAAAGCAGGCUGCUUUCCAUGUCAAUAAGGAAAGCUGAUGGAGCUGCAGUCAUCGUGAGACUUCCAGUUAAAUACAUAGACAUUUCAGCUGGUAGAAAACUGCCCUUUUGGAGAAAAAAUGUUUUAGUAACUAAGUUAUUUUUAGUUGCACCCACGGAGAUCAAAUUGUACAUGCCAUAGUAUUUUUUUAAUAUUUGAACGUAUGAAACCAAAACUUCAGACCUAAUACAACGUCAUUUUUUAGUCUUAAUAGCUUUUCUGUGCUGAAAAAUGUUGCACAAAACACUCCAAGGGUGUUUGGUUGGCUGUUGCUUUUGUUCCUUUCCCCACCCUCACGUUUCUCUGGCUGUGGAAACAGUAUUUUACUGUUCUCAAAAAACUUCAUCUGCAGAUCUGACCCUCUGCCCCACUCUCACAGGAUUGCUCGGCUCUGCUAUUUCCAAGGAGCAAAUAUGAGUCUUAAUCCCUCACUGAAAUUUGAAUAACAUGGUUUUUAAUAAAUACUUUUUUGCUACUGUUUUCCCUUCUUUGGAUCUGUAAGUCUUCUUUCUGUGGCAGUGUGAAAAUUUUCAGAGCCCCAUUGUUACAAGAAGCCAUUCUGGUGUGUUGGACUGUAGGAAUUACUUACGAUUCUGUUUGCAGAAGCUACAAAGAAUUUGUCAGAGCAGCUAGUUGUGUGCUUAAUUAUAGUGGAACUAUUGAUUCCUCUAAUUGGAAACAAAAUACUUUGUUUAUUCACCUUUUUGUGACAUAACUGGUGUAUUUCCAGGAAUUACUUUCUAAGCUUUGUGGUGAAGAAGCAGAAAUAUCUUGCAUGAUUUGUUUUGAUUAGAAAGGAUGGAAUAACCUUAAAUAUAUCUAGAGUAUGUGUGGUGGAAA